ACAACAAAGCCCGACCUGAAGUACACCAGGCCUGCAGCCAAGCAGACGUACGAGUCAGACUCUGAAGAGGAGUCGGAAGAAGAUGAAGAGGAAGACGAAGAGAGGGAAAAUGACCAUUUGAAGAUGAACGGCCACGACCACGAUGAUGACGUUGAUCAGGGCAUCCUCGACGACGAGGACAUGGACGAGGAGAUGUUUGGAUCGGAGGAAGAGGAGGGCGACGAGGAAGAAGAGGGGGACAUUGAGGAGGCGGAGGAUGCCGCCGCCGAGGCUGACGAAGAUUCGGCUGCAGAGGCCGACGACGACGACGAUGAUGACGAUCUUGAAAUGGAUGACGACGACGACUGA